UAGAACGCGUCUGGUCCGGGAACCAAUGAGGGCGCAGAGAGGGACUCUAUCGACCGCGUUGCGCCAAUGAGUUCUGUUAAAGGCCCCGCCCCCCACCGAGGGAGGAGAUAAAGACGGGUUUCAGCAGCAGCCGUCAGACCCUAUCCUCGUCUCUGGGCGUACUAACUUCUUCUGGUGCUACCCAAGGAAGAUUACAGGACCACAGCAGCGCAUUCUCUGGAGACUCUACACUGUGUAAUACGGUAUUACUCCUGGAGACUCUACACUGUGUAAUACGGUAUUACUCCUGGAGACUCUACACUGUGUAAUACGGUAUUACUCCUGGAGACUCUACACUGUGUAAUACGGUAUUACUCCUGGAGACUCUGCACUGUGUAAUACGGUAUUACUCCUGGAGGCUCUACACCGUGUAAUACGGUAUUACUCCUGGAGACUCUACACUGUGUAAUACGGUAUUACUCCUGGAGACUAUACACUGUGUAAUACGGUAUUACUCCUGGAGACUCUACACUGUGUAAUACGGUAUUACUCCUGGAGACUCUACACUGUGUAAUACGGUAUUACUCCUGGAGACUCUACACUGUGUAAUACGGUAUUACUCCUGGAGACUAUACACUGUGUAAUACGGUAUUACUCCUGGAGACUCUACACUGUGUAAUACGGUAUUACUCCUGGAGACUCUGCACUGUGUAAUACGGUAUUACUCCUGGAGGCUCUACACCGUGUAAUACGGUAUUACAUCCCAUCGCAACAUGACGCUUGAAGAGCUGGUCGGAUCCGACAUGAGUCAUAAUACGAUGGACAGCGCGAGCGACGCGCUCGAGGCGCUGGUGGUCGCGGCGCAGCGGCAGGACUGCCUCACCGUGGGGGUCCUAGAGUCCGCCCAACUCAUGAAUGUCGCCCCUGACAGCGUGCUGCUGUGCGUGCUGGCGACGGACGCGGAGGACGAGGGCGACGUGGCGCUGCAGAUCCACUUCACGCUGCUGCGCGCCUUCUGCUGCGACCAGGGCGUCGACGUGGUCCGCGUGGCCGGGCUGGGCCGGCUGGGCCAGCUGCUGGGCCCGCCCCCCGCCCCCCCCGCCGCCCCCGCCAGGGACCCCCCCCGAGACCUGCACUGCGUCCUGGUCACCACCUCGCCGUGCCGGACGCUCUGCAGCGACGCCCUCCACCGGGUGAGCAGCUACUGCGAGGAGAGCCGCGGGAACAACCAAUGGGAGCCCCGCCUGGCCCUGAGCCAGCGCUGAGCCCGCCUCCGGCUCGGACCCAGACCGGGAUGAAGCUGCUUCAUCCAACCACAGACAGGAAGUCAUCCGGGCGACGGGCGGUGCGCUCAGCCCGACCGGGCGCCGGUCCUGUGGGAGGGACCCAGGAAGUGAUGUCAGAACCUCGCAUGGAGCGCAUGAUGGGGGCGGAGCUCUGGAGCUGAGGACCAGAGAGAGGCCAGACACAGCAACACGACCCAUGAUGUCACCCGUGAUGUCACGACAGUGAUGUCAUGACCCCUGAGGACAUGACAGUGAUGUCACAACAGUGAUGUCAUGACCCCUGAGGACAUGACAGUGAUGUCACGACAGUGAUGUCAUGACCCCUGAGGACAUGACAGUGAUGUCACGGCGCUGUCAUGACAGUGAUGUCACGGCCGUGAUGUCAUGACCUGUGAUGUCACAAAACUGCGAUGUCAUGACCUGGGAUGUCACUACCCGUGAUGUCAUGACGGUGUUGUCAUGACGGUGAUCUUGUGACAGUGAUGACAUGACCCCUGAGGACAUGACAGUGAUGUCACGGCGCUGUCAUGACAGUGAUGUCACGGCCGUGAUGUCAUGACCUGUGAUGUCACAAAACUGCGAUGUCAUGACCUGGGAUGUCACUACCCGUGAUGUCAUGACGGUGUUGUCAUGACGGUGAUCUUGUGACAGUGAUGACUACCCCUGAUGUAAUGGUGGUCACCAAACCACCGCACUGGUGGUUCUAUGAACUGGUUCUUCCUUACUGUACGGACAGCGAUAUAUUGUUGAUUCUUCUUCUGACAAAUGUACUUAUUUUAAGUCGUUUUGGAUAAAAGCGUUCUGCUAACCAUCCUGAAUGUGGAUGAGGAUAGUUCACUGCGAUGUAUGGACCGUUAAUUGCUGAAUAAAUGAGUGAA